AUGGUGGCCGCUGUGAGAGUGGCACCGAGUGCCGCAACAAGGGCAGUGAGCCUCUUGAGGACAGUCCAGUACGCGCACCCGCCCAACUGUCCUUGCCACUCCAACCCGGGCCAUCACCACCACCAUGCGAAGCCGCACGUGGACAGGUACGCCCAGCGGCAGUCGAGCCGGAGGUUCGCCUCGGCGCUCGAUCCCUCGAGCCAGAAGGAGUACGCCUUUGAGAUGGCCGCCUCGUCCAUACGCUUCGGGCCCGGCGUCACCAAGGAGGUUGGCAUGGACUUUACCAACAUGGGUGCCCGGAGGGUCUGCGUGGUCACGGAUUCGACAGUCAAGCACCUGACUGCUAUGAAGCAAGUUGAAGAGGCGCUGUCGGCGGAGGGAAUCGAGUUUGAGGUUUUCGACAAAGUUAGGGUUGAGCCGAAAGACAGCUCAAUCAAGGAGGCUAUCGCCUUUGCUAAGCCAUACCGCCCGGACGCAUUCCUGGCUGUGGGCGGUGGUUCCGUCAUCGAUACAGCCAAGUUGAUGAACCUGUACACAGAGUACCCGGAGGCCGACUUCUUGGACUUCGUCAACGCCCCUCUGGGUAAUGGGCGUCCCAUUGAUAAGAAACUCAAGCCACUCAUAGCCAUUCCCACCACAGCUGGUACUGGGUCCGAAACAACAGGGACCGCCAUCUUCGAUCUGGUUGCCAAGCGAGCCAAAACGGGCAUCGCACACCGCAACCUGAAGCCGACGCUCGGCAUAUGCGACCCGCUCAACACCAAGACGAUGCCCGCCGCCGUCAAGGCGUCGUCUGGUCUCGAUGUGCUGUGCCACUCGCUGGAGUCGUGGACAGCCAUUCCCUUCAACGAGAGGACACCCAGACCGACUAACCCGAUUCUGCGGCCGGCUUACCAAGGUGCAAACCCCAUCAGCGACAUCUUCUCCCUCAACGCCCUGAGGGCUACCGUCAAGUAUCUCCCGAGAGCAGUCAAGGACCCGGAGGACUACGAGGCCCAGAGCGAGAUGCUCCUCGCUGCCACCUUGGCCGGCGUCGGCUUCGGCAACGCUGGUGUGCAUUUGUGCCACGGCAUGUCCUACCCAAUCUCCGGGCAGAAUCCGGGCUACAAGCAUUCCGGAUACGAGGUCGACACGCCCAUCAUCCCGCACGGAGUCUCUGUUGCCGUCUCGGCGCCCGCAGUGUUCCGCUUCACCGGGCCCUCAAACCCCGAGCGGCACCUGGCCGCGGCUGAGGCCUUUGGCGUCGACAUCAGCAACGUCAAACGCGAGGAUGCUGGUGCCGUUCUCGCUGACGCCAUCACCGCGUUCCUUGCUGAGCUCGGCGACCAGCCAAAGGGCCUGCGGGAACUCGGGUUCGGGGACGAGCACAUCGACGCGCUGGUCGAGGGCACCAUCCCCCAAGCCAGGGUUCUGAUGCUUGCGCCGGGGCUGAGGACCGAGUUGGAGAAGGAGCGGGAGCAGCUGAGAGGUCUGUUUGAGGAUGCUAUGGCACAUUAA